AGGCCCCAUGUGUAAAUGUACGCGUGAGUCUUGUGUAAAUGUAUGCGUGAGUCUUUCUUAGUUGUCAACUGUUGGGAGAUCCUCAUCUGCUCCAUUUUACACUCGUCUCUCUCAGCUUUCCUCCUCCUCCUCCUCCUCUUCAUCCCUUGUCUUGUCUUUUUUUCUUUCUUGGCCACUGUGAUAUUGCUUCCAUAUCCAUUGCUAUCCAAAUUCCAUAUAUAUUAUUAGCUCUACCCUCAAAGCAAUGACUGGUAGAGAGAUCCUACACAAGAUGAAGGAAAAAGUUGGAUUAGGUUCAUCUGCAGACUCUGGAAAGGGCAAGAGCAAGAUAUCAAAGAAUGUAACCCAUGGCUAUCACUUAGUGAAGGGAAAAUCACAUCAUGCCAUGGAAGAUUAUAUUGUUGCACAAUUUAAGCAAGUUGAUGACAAUGAACUUGGCUUGUUUGCAAUAUUUGAUGGUCAUCUGAGCCAUAUUAUUCCUGAUUACUUGCGAUCGAAUUUGUUUGACAAUAUCUUAAAAGAGCCAGACUUCUGGACAGAGCCAGAAAAUGCCAUGAGGAGAGCAUAUCGCAUAACUGAUACUACUAUUUUGGACCAAGCAGCUGAUUUUGGUAAAGGGGGUUCGACUGCUGUCACAGCAAUAUUAAUCAACUGUCAGAUGCUGGUAGUAGCCAACGUUGGUGAUUCUCGAGCUGUGAUUUGCAAGAAUGGCGUUGCUAAACAACUGUCAGUUGAUCAUGAGCCAAGUGUAGAAAGGGAGGAAAUUGAGAACAGGGGUGGUUUUGUGUCAAACUUUCCAGGGGAUGUUCCCCGAGUUGAUGGGCAAUUGGCGGUGGCGAGGGCAUUUGGUGACAAGAGCUUGAAAGAACAUCUCAGCUCAGAGCCGGAUGUAACGAAGGAAAUGAUCGAUGAUGAUACAGAUUUUAUUAUCUUAGCUAGUGAUGGGUUGUGGAAGGUAAUGUCAAACCAAGAAGCAGCAGAUGCUAUCAAGAACAUAAAGGAUGCUCGUUCUGCAGCGAAACACCUUACUGAAGAGGCACUUAAUAGGAAGAGCACAGAUGACAUUUCCUGCGUAGUUGUAAAAUUUCUGUGAUCUCUGGAUUUCUCUUGGCAUUUUUGUUUGAUAUGAAAUUUCCCAUAAUAGCUGUAGCUAGCCCUGCUACACUAAUAAACCUCAUGCAUAUUUUCUGCCA